AUGGCUGUCUUCAUUCUCUUCUGCGUCGCUGUCCUCUACAUCCUCUACUCCUCCAUAACCUCAUACCUCUCCGAGCGCCGCUUCCGCGCCUUCGCCCUCGCCAAUGGCUGCGAGCCCCCCGCCCACGCACCAGCCAAAUGGCCCCUCGGCAUCGAGUUCGUCUGGCGAGCCCUAACAUGCGAGCGGCGCGGCCUGGACCUCCUCGACGACCUCAUCAUGGCGCGCUACCGCGCCAUGGGCCGCAACACCUUCACCUCCACGGCCUUAGGCGCCACGACACUCAGCACGAUAGAGCCGGCUAACCUCCAGGCUAUCCUGGCGACCAAGUUCAAGGACUUUGAGAUUGGUUCCAGGCGCCAUAAACAGUUUGGCAUUCUGCUUGGGAAGAAUAUCUUCACGUCCGAUGGGCCGUUUUGGGAGCAUUCACGCGCGAUGUUCCGACCGCAGUUCGCAAGGGAGCAGAUUAAUGAUCUUGAAGCUACGGAGAAGGCUGUGCAGGCGCUGUUUCACGUGGUGCCUGUGGACGAGGACGGCUGGACGGCGGAGACUGAUCUCAUGCCGUUCUUUUUCCGGUUCACGCUGGACACGGCGACGGAGUUCCUGUUUGGUGAGAGCGUCGAGAGUCAGCUAGCUGCUGUUGAAGAUGUGGCUGCGUCGGGCCACCGCGCGAUGGCGGCGGAGAAAGCAGGUGGCGAUGUGGGAUUCGCUGAAGCGUUCGAUACCGCGCAGAGUUGGAUGGCGUUGCGGGCUAGGGCUUUGGGCUUCUACUGGCUCGUUGACGGUACCAAGUUGAGGAAGAGUGUAAAGUUGAUCAGGCAGUUCACGGACUACUACGUGCGGCUUGCACUCGAGAAGAAAGAGCAUGGUGCGGAGAAGGAGAAGAUACCCGAAAAGGGGGAGAAGAAGAAGUACGCGCUUGUGGAGGCUUUGGUGAACGAGACAAGGGAUUCGGAGGAGCUGAGGGAUCAGAUGCUGGGCAUCCUUCUCGCAGGCCGUGACACAACAGCGACGUUGUUGAGUUGGGUCUUCAUCGUGCUAACCAAGAACCCGCACAUCUUCAAUAAGCUCCGCGAAAGUAUCCUAGCCGACUUCGGCCCUGCUCCCUCCCCCGACAAACCCAUCACCUUUGCCUCCCUCAAAUCUAGCAAAUACCUGCAGCACGUCCUCCACGAGACCCUGCGCCUGCACACCAGCGUACCGCUCAACAGCCGCGUCGCGGCACGCGAUACGGUGCUGCCUGUUGGCGGCGGAGCGGACGGGACGAAACCGGUGGCAAUGCGCAAGGGCCAGCAGGUCAACUUUACCCCGUAUAUCCUGCAUCGAAGGAGGGAUUUGUGGGGCGAGGAUGUCGAGGAGUUCAAGCCGGAGAGGUGGGAGGGGAGGAGGAUCGAUUGGAGUUUCUUGCCGUUUAGUGGGGGGCCGAGGAUUUGUCUUGGUCAACAGUACGCGCUUACGGAAGCGGGAUACCUAAUCGGGAGGAUGCUGCAGAGGUUCGAUAGGAUUGAGGGCGUGGGUGAGCACUGGCAGAAGAAACCGAGGAAGAAGAUCUCGUUGACGAUGUACCCCCUAGAUGGGGUGAAGGUGAGGUUAAGGAUGGCUAAGGAGGCCUAG